UGCCCCUCUGGAACAUACCCCCCUUCCUAUGCCUGUGGGGGUGGGUCAGUCCCGUGGAGCCCUGCUGUGGGGUGCUGGAUCCAUGAGAUGCCCCCCUGCCAGGGGUCACUAGGCCCCCUCCCAGAUAUGGGGGGCUCCCCGGGUUCCCUGCACCUGGCCGCACUUCUCCCAGGCAGGGUGAGGGACAGAGGCGCUGCCAGAGCCAAUCUCAGUUCUGUGGGCUGGUGUCUAGUGGACGAGGCGUGUCCCUGGGUCAUAGAUGGGGACUGAAGCUGAGAGAUGGAAGUGACUCCCCGCAAGGUCACGUGGGACAUCUGGCAGAGCCAGGGCUUGAAUCCAGCUCCCCUGAGCACCAGCACCCCCCCAUCCCUGAAUCAGCAUCAUUCCGCAUUCAUUUGCCCGGCUAAUGCUGUCCCUGCCAUGCGUUUUCUCCCUCCAUUGCCCCUGCAGGGUUCAGAACCACUACAGGCCAGGUGCCCUAGUCUGGAACUGCCAGCUCCCUUCCUUCCCUCUUCAAACCUCCCCAAACUGGGUCGGCAACAUGCAGCUGUCACUUCCGUGCCACUGCAUGGUGCAGGAGCUUCCCCAGUCCUCACUCAGCUGUGUCUCAGGUGUUACUGGCCUCCAAGGGUUUAGGCAUGUCACAGAAGAGCGUGCAGCCACCUUUGACUUUCCAGCAGCGGGGCCCGGGGUUGAGCUCUAGUGCAGGCCGGGAGGGUGUCUCCCAUGCAGGCCAUGUGGGCUAGAUGCGCAGCCAGGGAUUCACCAGACAACAGCGGAGGAAUCUCUCGCUGCUCAGAACAUGGCUCCCCUUCUAGUGUCUGCAAAAAGAAAAGGAGUACUUGUGACACCUUAGAGACUAACAAAUUUAUUUCAGCAUGAGCUUUCGUGAGCUACAGCUCACUUCUUCGGAUGCACAGAAUGGAACACACAGACAGGAGAUAUUUAUACAUACAGAGAACAUGAAAAGGUGGAAGCACGCAUACCAACAGGAAGAGUCCAAUCAAUUGAGAUGAACUAUCAUCAGCAGGAGAAAAAAAAACUUUUGAAGUGAUAAUUAAGAUGACCCAUAGAAGCCUCUGGUGUCCCUUCCAUGCCGUGAUGUUUAACCUCAUUGUCCUUCUAUUGCUGGCCUGUCACACACGAGCUGUCUUUGCUGAUCCAGGCAUGGUCCCACUGCCCGAUACUGCCAUCGACUUCUCUGACCUGCGCAGCAACACACCCCACAAGAGCGAGCGGAGCAAUGAGGACUGGACGGUGUGUAAUCGCUGUGAGACGUACCGCCCACCGCGGGCACACCACUGCCGCAUCUGCCACCGCUGCAUCCGCCGCAUGGAUCACCACUGCCCCUGGAUCAACAACUGCGUUGGCGAGUUAAACCAGAAAUACUUCAUCCAGUUCCUCUUCUACACUGGGCUGGCUAGUCUUUAUGCCAUGGGGCUGGUGUUAACCACAUGGCUGUGGCCGGUCGACAGGAGCUUCCCCGGGAAGAUGGAAGGUGUGGCUGGAGGCGUCUCUAACAACCACGUCCAGAUGGCUCACUGCAUCGUCCUGCUGGUGGAGUCCAUCCUCUUCGGGGUCUUCGUCACCGUCAUCUUCUAUGACCAGGUGGUCUCUAUCAUCACGGAUGAGACUCCGAUCGAGCAGCUGCGGAACCGGCUGCUGAAGGAGGCGCGCCGGGAGGUGGCACACACCCGGAAACCGAAGAUCGCGCUGCUGCGGGAGGUGUUUGGACGGGGCUUUGUGAUCUGCUGGUUUUUCCCAUGUAACUGCAGCCCCCCAUCAGGCGGGGCCCCUGCCUACAGCUACCUGCCCAACUAUGAUGUGUGACCUCCAUGGCACCUCUGCAGACGCUGUCUCUCCAGCCUCGGGGAGGGGACUUGUACUACCAGUGGCUUUGCAGAACUUGCCACCAAACAGCUCGUUUGGGCCUGCCCACCUGCUCCCUGGUGGCAGCCUGGGGCCAGGGUGUGGCUGCAGCGCCCAGCUCUGCUGGGUCUGCCUUGCCCGUCCCUGCAACUCCUCCUGGGACAUGGUGCUCCCACGAAGCUGAGAUCUGAGCUGUGGAGGGGCACUCUCCAGCCCCCUGCACCAGACUCCCUGCAGCGCCUGGCUGCCCAGCGGGUCCCGGCGCCCAGGGCAUGGGGAGCAGUCACUUAGGCAGGGUGGGCCCCGUGCAUGACGUUUCUCUUGGAUCACUGUUAGUGCGAGGGGGGCUGCCCUCCGAGGCUGCAGUCUGACAUCCCCCUCUUGCCACAACUGCGUCUGGAUCCUAGCUCCCUCCCUGGAGCUGGGCACUCUGCCCCCGGCUGCCAGCACCUCGCUGCCCGGGGAUGGAGCCGGUUGUUCACUGCUCCUGGCCAGGGCGGGAUGGCACCACUUGUACAUAGCCUGUGCGGCAUUACCAGUGCGUUCAGCUCUGGGUGCCUGCUCUGUGUGUGUGUGUGUCUGUCUGUCUGCGCUAGCUGGAGUCACUUGAGCGCCUGUUCUUGGUCCUGGCAGCAGCCUCUGCUGACUUGGAGCCCCUCCACGCCGUCCCCAGGGGAAUGGCCCGCUCCAUGUUGUGGGAGUGGGGAAGAGGGUGCUGGCACCCCUCACUGGUGGUCCCCUCCAGCCCAGCAGGCAGUGUUACUAUUUAUUAGGUGUAUUACGGUAGCAUCUGGGAGCCCCAAUUGGACCCCUGGUGCCAGAGGCUGUACAAACACAGAACAGAAUGAUGGCCUCUGCCCCAUGGAGCUCGCAGUCUGAGACAGAAGCUGAUGUGACAGGUGGAGGAGGCAGCAGCUAGAGCACUGGACUGGGAGAGCUUAGGUAGGUCACUUCCCCCUUUGGUGCCUCAGUUUCCUCAUCUGUAAAAUGGGCGUAAUGAUAGCUCUUCCCAUUGUAAAGCACGUGGCGAUCUGCUGAUGAGAAUUGCUACACAAAAGCUAGGUGGUGUGAUGAGGACUGAGGCUGGGCAGUGGGACCAGCAGUGCUCUCCGCACACCAGCAACAUAACCCAAGUGUUUUCUGCAGGCAUCACCCCGAAGGGGGUUUGAAGGAGAAUGAAGAGGGUGUGGAUGUGUAUGGGAAGCUCCUCCUCCUCCCCCCAAGCAGGAGGGGCAGCCUAGGGAAUGCACCAAGGGGCUUGCUUGAAAAUGGAGCAAGUGGGCGCUGGAGGCUGGCAGCAUGGGCUGAUGAGAGGCGGGAGUGACUCCAUAGCGUAUGGGAAUCGCCUGGUGGGUGGGAACAGGCUGGGAAGGGAAGAUGAAGAAGGGGGUGCCAGGGAAGGUGCCCAGCGCAGCGACGUGAAUCCUCUCGAGGGAGCUGGCAUUGCCGUUCCCCAGAGGACGUUUGUGUUGCAUUGACUGGGCCUGGCCCCCUCCCCUGGGGCUGCCUAGGGCAAGCGAGAGCGGGGUUCUUGGCUGCGGGAUGCCAUGGAGCAAGUGGGGAGCCAGCCACACGCCCAGAGGAGCUAUGCUGUGUGGCAGGACCCUGGAGCCACCUCCCUGCUCCCUGGCCGGCAAAGCGGUUCCUGGCUGACUGUGCCAGGGGUGCCAGAGUCUCUGCUGACUGCACGCUGCCCUGUGUGUUUGCCUCAGUAUCCUGUGUGCGAGGCCUCCAGCACAGCUACUGCAUCCCAAGGGCCUGGCCUCCCCUCUUCCUGGAGGUCUCUUUGGCCCUGGUGUGUGGCAUACAGGGGUGCCAGGGAGUGGGUGCCCUGCUGCCCUAGUAAUUGCUAGGGGCUGCUGCUGCUGCCUUCGAGUGGCGGCUCUGCCCAUGGCCCUGUGGGUGGUGAGGCUUUUCCAGGGGCUGCUCGUCUGCCCUGCUGCCUCGGUUUCCACUCCGGGCUUCCCUGCCCAGUGGCACAGGCUGGGCCAGGUUAGGGGGCUAGGUCCCUGAUGAGGGAAGGAAGGUCCCUGGCAAGAUGUGGGCAAGCCAGCCUGGCACUCAGAUGAGGGCAGGGCCUGUGGUGAAGCCUUGCCCAACUCCUGGCUGCUCCCCCAGGCUGGCCUGGCUUUCCCCAGAGCCUACCUCUUGGUGGGGUGCUGGUGACUCCUCUGGCUCUGAGUGCCAGGAGCUCUGGGCUGGGUGCACUUGGGCACCACUGCCGGGGGCUUAGUAUGCGGUAAUCUGCGCUGGUGUAACCGGCCAGCCCCCUUGUUCCUUCAGCCUGGUGCAUGUUAGUGGGACGCUGCCAGGUUCUGACAGCCCUUUCGUCUGACUCCUGCAAGCUGUGAAUAAACCUUGCCCGGGAACUGCU